AUGCGGUGGCGGCUGCCGGGCGCCCGUUCGACCCUCCCCGCCAGUGUCGCCCUCCUUCUCCUGCCAGCCCUGGUCGCUCCGCAGCAGCAACCAGAUGACACCAUCUCCCGCCUCUCCGUGCCCCUAGCACAAGAGUCAUCCACACAACAUGCAGCUCCCGUAGCUGCACCCCCCAUCGUGAAACCCAACGAUGCGAGCGCCCUUGCUACUCUGGCUCUGGCAGGCUCCGGCCGCGCCGUUCGAGCCCCUCCUGUCCAGGCCAGCAGCACAGCUGCAGGUCUGGCUUCGCAGCUUCACGCGCGGUCCUUGCAGGACUGGGAGGUUGAGGAUUUUGUGCUACUGGCGACCGUCGACGGAACCAUUCACGCCCGUGAUCGCAAGACCGGGACUGCGCGCUGGGCCCUGGAGGUUUCUAGCAGUCCUGUUGUUGAAAGCAUCUACCAUCGUGCGAACCGUUCCUCUUUUGACGAUACCGAGCCCGAAGACGAUUUCUUGUGGAUUGUUGAGCCUAGCCAGGAUGGCAGCCUCUAUAUCUACAGUCCCGGCCCGGACGCCGGUUUGCAGAAACUCGGCUUGACUGUUAAACAGCUUGUCGAUGAAACUCCGUAUUCCGGCAUUGAUCCUGCCGUGACUUAUACUGCCCGGAAAGAAACUACGCUGUAUACAAUUGAUGCCCGCACUGGCAGCAUUCUAAGGGUGUUCAGCUCUCGUGGGCCCAUUACUUCUGGGCCGGAAUGUCGGAAGGUCGAUGGACAAGAUGUGGAUCCUGAGGAGUGCGAGUCGUCUUCAGGUACUUUGGUGCUGGGUCGGGUUGAAUAUGCCGUCGCUAUCCAGAAUACUGAGACGGGUGACCCAAUCUGCACAUUGAAAUACUCCGAGUGGGCACCGAACAAUCGCGAUAUGGACCUCCAGAGCCAAUACUAUCGCACCAUGGACCAAAGCCACAUUUAUAGCAUGCAUGACGGCGUUGUACUGGGAUUCGACCAUUCGCAGAUGGAUCGACCUCGUUAUACCCAGCGUUUCUCGUCGCCGGUGGCUCGUGUCUUUGAUGUGGUUCGUCCUUCCCACAAAGAUAGACCAGACGCCUCCACUCCGCUUGUCCUUCUAUCACAGCCCCUUCAGCCGCCGGACCCAGAUUACGGUUCGCUCGACGAUGACCGGGAUAUGCGUGUGUUCAUCGAUUGCACUGAGGCAGGUGGCUGGUACGCCUUUUCUGAGGAAACCUAUCCUCUGGCCACAGGCCGCGCCCCAAUGGCUUCAUGCUAUGACAAAGACUUCUUCCGCAGGGGCCAGGCGCUCAUGAGUCUGACUCCACAUCAACAGCGAAAUGCGUUGGCGGGUGUCCAUUCACUCAAUGGUCCUCGUGUCAUCCGUUCUCCCAUGCCCAGAAUCGCUGGGUCAUCCACCUCUGAGCUGUCAAAUGACACUCCCCGGGAGGCUUUACGUAGCCCCUCUGAGCUGGCCUUACCUCCGGCUCUUCGCAAUAGCGCAAUCAUCCGCAAGAGCUGGGACAAUGCAUUGGACAUCGUCGUCACUUUGAUUCUAUUGUUCAUCUGCACCUUCAUUUACUUCAACUCUCAUCAUCUUCGAGACUUGGCCAAACAAAAGCUUGACAUCAAAAACAUCAUCAACUCAAAUGACAAGGCGUCUCUAUCAACGCCGUCCACUCCUCUUGUCGGUGCCUCUCCGGAUCUCAAGCGCCCAUCCACACCUUCACAGCAAGUCCCCAAUGUGACUGUCAAUUUGGAUAUGGAUGGCUCGACACCAAACGGAGACGCUAGCAAACAACCCUCCGGAAGCCACAUUUCCCCAGACUCAACUCCUCGUGUUAAGAUUCGUGAGCCAUCUCGCGGUCCUGACGACGAAGAAGGUGACGAGAAUGAGAAGCCUAAGAAGAAAGGCCGCGCUCGUGGUUCUCGUGGUGGAAAGUCCCACCGUCGGCGCAGAAAGCCCGGCAGUGAAGGUGACACUGCCGAAGUUGCUGAGCAGGUCAUUGAGCAAGUUAAUACCUUGGCUCCCCAGUCUCGACUUGAGCCUGAUGUUCAGAUGACUCGUCAAGUCUCAAACGAGAUCAUGGAGAUGGAUGGCGUUAUCCGCAUUGGUCGCCUUCAGGUGUUCACGGACGUUGUUCUAGGCUUUGGUAGCCAUGGGACUGUGGUCUACCGCGGUUCCUUUGAUGGACGUGAUGUGGCGGUUAAGCGUAUGUUGAUGGAAUUUUAUGAUAUUGCAUCCCACGAAGUGGGCUUGUUACAAGAAAGUGAUGACCACCAUAACGUGAUCCGGUACUUCUGUCGUGAGCAAGCCACCGGAUUCUUGUACAUUGGUCUCGAGCUUUGUCCCGCAUCUCUCCAGGAUGUGAUUGAGCGUCCUGCUGAGUACCCAGAACUAGUCCAAAAUGGCCUGGAUAUGCCAGAUGUACUGCGCCAGAUCACUCAGGGUGUUCGUUACUUGCAUUCUCUGAAGAUCGUCCACCGUGAUCUUAAGCCGCAGAACAUUCUCGUGGCUAUGCCUCGUGGUCGCAGCAUCACCCGCUCAUUGCGGCUCCUCAUCUCGGAUUUCGGUCUGUGCAAGAAACUGGAGGACAACCAGAGUUCGUUCCGGGCGACUACGGCCCACGCUGCUGGAACUUCUGGCUGGCGUGCUCCUGAGCUCCUGGUAGACGAUGACGGUCCAAUGUCUCUCGCCUCACAGCACACCGAGUCUUCGGAGCCUGCUGUUGUAGAUCCUCAGACAAACCGUCGUGCUACCCGUGCCAUUGACAUCUUCUCCUUGGGCUGCGUCUUUUACUACGUCUUGACUCGUGGCAGCCACCCAUUCGACAAGAAUGGCAAGUUCAUGCGUGAGGCGAACAUCGUCAAAGGCCAAUUUGAUCUGGAGGAAUUGAACCGUCUGGGUGAUUACGCCUUCGAAGCAGAUGAUCUCAUUCGGUCCAUGUUGUCUCUCGACCCCCGUCAACGACCUGACGCCAGCGCUGUCCUAAUGCACCCCUUCUUCUGGCCCCCAUCCGACCGCCUGAGCUUCCUCUGCGACGUAUCAGAUCACUUCGAAUUCGAGCCCCGCGACCCACCGUCAGACGCUCUCCUCUGUCUGGAAUCCGUCGCUAGGCGGGUCAUGGGCCCUGAGAUGGAUUUCUUGCGUUUACUGCCAAGGGACUUCAAAGACAAUCUCGGCAAGCAGCGCAAGUAUACCGGGUCGCGCAUGCUUGAUCUCCUUCGCGCUCUCCGUAACAAGCGCAAUCACUAUAAUGAUAUGCCUGAGUAUCUUAAGGCUCAUAUUGGUGGUUUACCGGAGGGAUAUCUUAAUUUCUGGACUGUUCGCUUCCCGAGUUUGUUGAUGAGUUGUCACUCGGUUAUUGUUGAGCUGGAUUUGACUCGCAUUGAUCGGUUCCAGAGGUAUUUUGUGCCGCCUGAGUAG